UAAAGUGCCCAGGGAGAUAAGCACUUCAGGUACAGUACCUUCAGUAAGGUGUGAUAGUGUGGCUGUAUUUAUAUAGGUUAUGUUCUUGUAAGGGAAUGUCUGCGUUGGAAAAGAAAACCAUCACCGUUUCCUUGGGUGACUAUGUGUGGGUUGCCCCUGUUGGUGGCGGAGAAUGGGAUAUUCCAAAAGCUGUCCGAGUUGUGUCAACUUCCGGCAAGCAAUUAAAGGUUGUUGAUAACGAUAACGAGGAAUCAUGGAUAAACUCAAGCUCGGUGCUGAAAGCCUUGCAUCCGACCUCCCUCACAUCUGUGGAGGACAUGAUCACUUUGGGAGAGCUCGAGGAGUACACGAUUCUCCACAACCUGCACAUCCGGUACAAGAAGAAUGUUAUCUAUACUUACAUCGGCAUGAUGCUAGUGGCUAUCAAUCCUUAUCGGGACUUGCCACUGUAUGGGCCAACGGAAGUGAGACGUUACCGUGGCAAGCGAAUGGGAGCUCUGCCGGCCCACAUCUACGCUCUCGGUAGCCAGAGCUACGAUAACAUGCGGCGACAAGCCUCCAACCAGUGUAUUGUCAUCAGUGGAGAGAGUGGUUCUGGGAAGACAGAGAGCACAAAGCUGCUGAUGAAGUUCCUUGCAGCGCUUAGUGGCCAAAACUCAAACAUAGAACAACAGCUGAUCCUAGCCAAUCCCGUCUUGGAAGGGUUUGGAAACGCCAAGACUGUGCGUAAUGACAACUCGUCACGAUUCGGCAAGUACACGGUGAUCUCGUACAACGAGGAAGGGCUGAUCAUAGGGGCCUGUAUUGAACCCUACUUGCUGGAGAAGUCUAGAGUCACCAGUCUCGGCCCAGGGAACCGCAAUUAUCACAUCUUCUACAGUCUCAUCGCAGGUCUGACCAGCCAGGAGAGAACCAAACUCUACCUCGAGUCUGCUGGAAAAUACAAGUGUCUGAAGGCAGGUGGAACCACUGAAUGUGAAGGGCGAGAUGAGGUCAAGGAGUAUAAAGACAUCCGGCAGGCACUGAAAGUUCUGAACUUCUCAAAUGAUGAAGUCUGGGAGAUCUUCAAGCUGCUUGCUGCCAUACUGCAUUUGGGGAACGUGAAGUUCCAGACUGCUUUGGUUGAUAACAUUGAUUCCGUAACAAUUGCUAACUCUGCCGAGUUGGAAAAAGUGAUAAGUUUGCUACAAGUGGACAAAACCACGUUGACACACACAUUGACCAAAAAAGUCAUCCAAGUCGAAGGAAGCACUGUGGUUACUGAAGUAUCCAAGACACAAGCUGUGGCCACGAAGGAUGGGUUCUCCAGGGGUCUCUAUUAUAGGCUGUUCAUUUACGUUGUGGACAAGAUUAACAAGACUAUAUUCAGACAAGAAACGUCAAACAAUUAUUCAAUCGGUGUGCUGGACAUUUUUGGUUUUGAAGAUUUUGACAACAACAGCUUCGAACAGUUGUGCAUCAACUAUGCCAAUGAACAGUUGCAGCAGUUCUUUGUGAAGCACAUCUUUAAACUGGAGCAGGAGGAAUACAAGCGGGAACAAAUCCCUUGGACUUUCCUGCCAUUUGAUGAUAAUGAAAAAAUCAUAAGUUUAAUUGGGGCAGACCGUGUGAACAUUUUUAGUACAACAGAUGACCUGUCUCGAUUACCAAGUGGUACAGAUGCAUCCUUAGUGAUGAAAUGUAACAAAAACCAUGAGAAGAACCCCUUCUACAUAAAACCUAAAUCUGACGUCUCACAGAUAUUUGGUAUCAGACACUACGCUGGAGCUGUCACCUACAGAGUAGAAGGUUUUCUUGAGAAGAACCGUAACACUCUGAGUAAGGAAUGGCUGGAGCUCCUGACAUCCUCGAGUAAUUCAAUGCUCAAAACUCUGUUUGCCAAAGAUUUUGCUAAGAUGCAACUGUCAUCAGCCAAGACUCAGACUGUACUGUCACAGUAUCGUACUUCCCUAGAAGCCCUCAUGACUGCACUUGUGCGGUGCCAACCGUUCUUCAUCCGCUGCAUCAAACCUAACGAUUUCAAACAGCCUAAUAUGUUUGACCAGAGUUUUUGCUGCAGACAACUUCGACACUCAGGUAUGAUGGACACUGCUAAGAUCCGAAGUAUGGGCUACCCCAUCAGACUCACCUACGCAGACUUUGUCUAUCGGUACAGGAUCAUUGUGCCUGCCAUUCCUGCAGCCUAUAAGAUGAAGGAUCCGAAGACAGAGGCUCAGAGAAUCUGCAGAGCUGUACUAACAGGGAAUGAACAUCAACUGGGACAGACCAAGAUCUUUCUCAAACAACACCAGAGUACUUUACUGGAGCUGGAGAGAGAUAGAGUGCUAGAGAAGAGUGUAGUGAUUCUCCAGAAAUACAUGAGGACCUGGUUAAUUAAAAAACGUUUCAAGCAGCUGAGAGCAGCGGCAGUAGUUGUGCAGAAGCGGUGGUGGCGAGGCCGUAAACCAAGGCAGCAUUAUCUUGUCAUCCGACAUGGCUAUCUGCGUCUGCAAGCUGUCAUCCGCUCUCGUAUACUUCAUUUCUCCUUUGUCAAAUUAAGGUCCAAAAUCACAGGAUUGCAGGCUAGGUGUAGAGGGUUCUUGAUCAGAAAAGAGAAGAAAGCAUUGAAACCUGUGCCUGAAGAAGAUGUGGGAGACAAGGAUAUAGACCAGUGGAUCACCUCGAUCUUCGAAGCUGCCAUUGAGGGUAGUGAAGAUAUUAUUCCACCACUAGACAAACCUAUGGAGAGUCCCACUAAGAAGGCAGAGUUUGCACCACCACCAGACCUGGAUAGAAUUCCGAUGCGCCUCAGUGAGAGUGACAUAGAUGACGGAGCGGAGGAAGAUUUGGCUUUUAGCCACUUUGCUGCUUCCCACUUCCGCGGCAACAUCAGCUACCAGUUCUCAAAGAGGGCACUAAAGCAAUCUCUCCUGGAUCUUCCUCUACCUGCAGAUCAAGUGGCUGCCAUUGCUCUGUGGGUGACCAUCCUGAGGUUCAUGGGAGACUUGCCCGAGGCCCAGACAGCCAAAGUGAAUGCCAACGCUCCCGUCAUGGCCAUAUUGACUGCCACACUCUCUCGCAAUGUUACCAAUGCUAGUGACUACUCCCAGGCUAUCAAACUGCUCAAGGCUAUCAAACUGCUCAAGGUCAGUGUAAGUAACAAUGCUCCCGUCAUGGCCAUAUUGACUGCCACACUCUCUCGCAAUGUUACCAAUGCUAGUGACUACUCCCAGGCUAUCAAACUGCUCAAGGCUAUCAAACUGCUCAAGGUCAGUGAAAGUAACAUAUCUCCUGUCAUGGCCAUAUUGACUGCCACACUCUCUCGCAAUGUUACCAAUGCUAGUGACUACUCCCAGGCUAUCAAACUGCUCAAGGUCAGUGUAAGUAACAAUGCUCCCGUCAUGGCCAUAUUGACUGCCACACUCUCUCGCAAUGUUACCAAUGCUAGUGACUACUCCCAGGCUAUCAAACUGCUCAAGGUCAGUGAAAGUAACAAUGCUCCUGUCAUGGCCAUAUUGACUGCCACACUCUCUCGCAAUGUUACCAAUGCUAGUGACUACUCCCAGGCUAUCAAACUGCUCAAGGUCAGUGAAAGUAACAAUGCUCCCGUCAUGGCCAUAUUGACUGCCACACUCUCUCGCAAUGUUACCAAUGCUAGUGACUACUCCCAGGCUAUCAAACUGCUCAAGGUCAGUGUAAGUAACAAUGCUCCUGUCAUGGCCAUAUUGACUGCCACACUCUCUCGCAAUGUUACCAAUGCUAGUGACUACUCCCAGGCUAUCAAACUGCUCAAGGUCAGUGUAAGUAACAAUGCUCCCGUCAUGGCCAUAUUGACUGCCACACUCUCUCGCAAUGUUACCAAUGCUAGUGACUACUCCCAGGCUAUCAAACUGCUCAAGGUCAGUGUAAGUAACAAUGCUCCCGUCAUGGCCAUAUUGACUGCCAUACUCUCUCGCAAUGUUACCAAUGCUAGUGACUACUCCCAGGCUAUCAAACUGCUCAAGAAAGAGAACACAAUGAAAGACAAAAACAAGCUGUUAGACCUCUCUCUGGCAAGCAAGAAUAAGCUGAAAAAGGAACUGUCCAGGGGCAAACUGGAAGGCAAUGCACUCAAGUCCAGCUACAGUCAGUGGCUGGAGAAUACCAGGAGUAACAUUCUCCAGAAACUGCAUUUCAUCAUCGGACAUGGCAUACUCAGGCCGGAGCUCAGGGACGAGAUAUACUGUCAAGUGUGCAAGCAGCUGAGUGGGAAUCCCAGCACAGUGUCACAAGCUCGGGGUUGGGCUUUGAUGGCCCUCUGUGUGGGGUGCUUUGCCCCAUCCCCCCGACUUGUGCCUUAUCUUCGCAGUUUCCUGGACCAGGGACCAAGCCCUUACAACCAGUUCUGCCGAAUGCGGCUGCAACGCACAUUACAAAAUGGUACCCGCACCCAGCCUCCUAGCUGGCAUGAGCUGAAUGCUAUCAGGAACCAGCAGUCCAUGACCCUAGCUGUCAACCUGAGUGAUGGAUCUACCAAGUACAUGGAGGCCGACUCGGCCAUCACAGCCCAGGAGAUCUGCACCCAGUUGUCAGACCACAUUGGCCUUCAAGACAGAUUUGGCUUCUCACUAUUCAUCACUGUUUUUGGAGAGACGAUUCGGCUGGAAGCAGGAAGCCAACAUGUGAUGGAUGCAAUCUGUCGGUGCGAGCAGGAUGCAGCCGAGCGAGGGGUUGCAGAGAGAGACACUCCUUGGCAGCUGGUGUUCCGCAAGGAGAUGUUUGCUCCUUGGCAAGGUCUUUCAGUCCCUGACCCUGUUGCCUCCAACCUCAUUUACCGACAAGUGGUUCGGGGCGUCAAGGCGGGCGAGUAUCGUCUCACUCAGGAGGCAGAGAUAGCAAUGUUGGCUGCUCAACAGUAUUAUGUAGAUCAUGGCAUCAACCUGGUGCCUGCAAGUCUGAGGAGUGACCUGCCGGAGUACAUCCCAGCCAGGCAGUUGAAGCAGUCUGGCUCAACGUACUGGGAGUCGCUUGUAACUGAGACAUUCAACAAGAGUUAUUUUGUAAAAGAUCGAGUGCCUGAAGGAAUGGUGAAAGCUGAUGUAGUCAAUUUUGCAAAGUCAAAAUGGCCACUUCUGUUUUCAAAAUAUUAUGAAGCUACACAAAUAUCAGGACCAGAUGUGGGAGCUGUCAAUGUUAUCUUAGCAGUCAACUCAACAGGCAUCUGUAUCGUGACCAAUGCUGAGAGAGUCCUGCUGCAACUUACUUACAUAGAGAUUCACUCCAUUGCUCUUCUACACCACCAGGCUGAAAAGCAGUUCCAGCUGUUGACAGUGCAAGGGUACGAGUUUGUCUAUCAGUCUCCCAGCGCCGAUGUCAUCACAGACCUGGUACAGUGGGUCAUCAACAGUCUCAAGCAGAUAUCCAAGUACUUCAUCGCCAUACAAGACUACAGUCCUCCUGGUGGUGGAGGGCUGCUCAAUAUGAAGAGGGGUGACUUGAUCGCUCUGGAGGAAGGGGAGAGGGAAGGAGAUUGGUUGACAGGUUACAAUGUGUUAACGGGAGACUGGGGUGAGUUCCCUGGAACAAGCGUCAGAGUACUGCCCACCAUCCUACAGCCGCCUCUGCACAUUGUGGCUCACUUUAAUAAAGAGGGAGCACUGGAUGGCACCCUCAGAGCGAAGGCAAUUCAAAGGAUCAUCCCCAUGGAGAACAAACACACCCUGGAGCAAUAUUGUAAGAAAUCUUUCAGAGAACCUUUGGGUUUGGAGAAUCUAUGGCAACACUCCCCCCAGCCUCUUCGGUUGCCUCUUCACAAAUCUCUGCAAUCACACCCCCAGAAGGAUGUUGCUGUUACGGGAUACAUGGGUGUACUCAAGUAUAUGGGGGAUCUGCCAAUACCUGCUGGAAAACAGACAGACAUUACCGAGAUCAUAUUCCAAGGACCUAUGGAACAUGAGGUGUUAAGAGAUGAGUUGUUCUGCCAGCUGAUGAAACAAUUAACUGAUAACAAAUCACUCAACAGCGAAGAGAAAGGGUGGGAACUAAUGUGCCUUGCCACAGGGUUGUUUGCACCUUCCAGUGAAGUCCUUAAGGAGUUGCGACUGUUUCUGUCAAGUCGGGAACAGCCGAUGGCGUAUGACUCACUGCAGAGGCUGGAGGAGUGUCUGACUCAUGGGAAUCGUAAACAUCCGCCACACUGGACAGAGGUGCAGGCCAUGCAACAGAAGGUCCCCAUUACCCACACGAUUCUCUUCCCCAACUUCACCGAACAGAGAUUCGAAGUGAAUUCAACAACUCGGAUCGGAGAUUUGGUUCAGCAUAUAGGAGACCGGUUGAACUUUCAGUCAGCUGAAGGGUUCUGUUUGGUGGUGUCUAUCCGAGACAAGACAGUUGCACUGGCAAAUGAGGAAUUCCUGUUUGACUCAAUCCAAGAAAUCUGCUCUUGGGUCGCAAGUGACUCUUCUUUUAAGAAAGGUCAGUCCCAGAGAUUCCUGUACGAGCUGAUGUACAUGCGGAAAGUUUGGCUUACGAUGGUUCCAGGCAAGGAUAGAAUUGCUGAUGUGGUCUGUCACUAUCCUCAAGAAGUCCCCAAGUACAUUUUAGGAUAUCAGAAGUGUUCAAAGUCUGAUGCUGCAGUCCUGGGAGCAUUGAUUUUCAGAGCAGACAAUGGAGACAGAAAGUUAGAUCUUCUAGAUGACUCAAAAAAGCUUAUGGCCAAGUUAGUGCCUCCAUACCAUCUGAAAUUACAGUCUAACAAGGAGUGGAAAAAGGCAAUCUCUGAGGUUUACAAAAAACAAAUGGGUAUGACGUCUGAGGAUGCCAAAAUUAACUACUUGAGGUUUGUCUUCCCUUGGUCAACAUUUGGAUCAUCGUUUUUCGACGUGAAACAAACAACUGAGAAGCGAUUUCCUGAAAACAUCACCAUCGCGAUUAACAAGAAUGGGAUCUUCAUCCUUGACAGGCAAACUAGGGAGCCAUUGACUCUGUAUCCAUUCACGGAGGUGACCAGUUGGACCACUACAAAGUCAACGUUCUCACUGGACGUAAGCUCUGUGCGGCUCGUAUGCGUGACCCCUCUCGGCUACAAGAUGGACGACCUCAUCACGUCCUACACAUCACUUCUCGGGCCUCGCAAUAAUGGCGUGUGAUAGUAACAUGUGCCAGUGCUUUACUGUAUUUGAUCAAUGCAAAUUUGGUGAAAUGGUGCAAUUUACAUUUAUAAGUCUGUAACUUAAAUACUCCAACAUUUCAUGUUUUUCUGUCCAAAAAGAAUGUAUUCAAACAAAAAUACUAUUAAAACACAAAACAAAUUCUUUUAAGGAGGAAGCUCCAGAUUCUAUUAGUAUAACUUUGCCAAAACCAGAUGAAAACUAAAAAACUAACAAAGUUGACAAGAAGUGUUGGAUUGUUUUAAUGUACAAAGUUCACGUGUUGUUCUUUUGCCUCUAAAUAGAGCCUGUUUUGUAGAUGGUGAAACAUGAAUAAAAUAAGGUAAAUAAUAUGUUGAACUAAAAUAAUAAAUUCUCUGUAAACUAAAGUGUUCAUCUAGGCUAGUCAAAUUAUAAUAAAAACAAUUAUUGUGUAACAUUUACUAAUGAAGUAAUAGGAUGCAUAUUGAAUUAUCUAAAAAAAACUUUUAAUAAAUUGAUAAUGACAA